GUCCAGUCAUCGCCAGCCAUUCGUCGUUACUUGACGUCUCUCCUCCGCCACUCGUUUCCAACCAUUUAAAAAAAAGUUUUGAGGCUCUCGGAGCUUCCACCGUUCAGCAUUUUGUUGCAUCCGGAUUAUAUAAUAAAAAUUAAAGAUGCAGUUCAAGUGGCUCAUCGUUUUGGCCGUUUCGGCCUGUCUACUCUUGUCCGUCGAAGCUCAAGAGAAAAAGCGCAAAGUCGCUAAAAAGUCGAAGAAGGUUGACGAAACGGGCACGAAACAGGCCGUCGAACAGCUGGACAUUCAAGACGCUAUCGAUGUUUUGGCGGAUGACGAGGCUGCCCUCAAGGAUAACCUUUGCGCCAAGAAACAUUGCGGGGCCGGCAAGGAGUGCCGCGUUAAUCAAAUGGGAGCCGCCGAAUGCGUCUGCAUGGAUCACUGCCCAGAGGAAAAGGAUCCUCGUCGCAUGAUCUGCAGCAAUCAAAACGAAACUUGGAAUUCCGAUUGUGAACUCUACCGCAUGCGCUGCCUCUGCAAAUCAGGAUCGGCCGGAUGCGUCGAUUCCAAAUACGAUCACGCCCACGUCGAGUACUUUGGUACCUGCAGGGAUGUCCCUCAAUGCACGGCGGAUGAGAUGGCCGAUUUCCCACGCAGGAUGCGCGAUUGGCUCUUCAACGUCAUGAGGGAUUUGGCCGACCGUCACGAUUUGAGUCCCCAUUUCCUGAAACUGGAACGCGAAGCCGAAAAGGAUAACAGCCGCAGGUGGGCCAAUGCCGCCAUCUGGAAAUUCUGCGACCUGGACGGCCACCCUCACGACAGGAAAGUGUCCCGCCAUGAGCUGUUCCCCAUUCGCGCCCCUCUGCUAGCCUUAGAGCACUGCAUCCAGCCCUUCCUGGAUGGAUGUGACGCUGAUAACGAUCAUUUCAUCACGCUCCAAGAGUGGGGAACCUGUCUCGAACUCACAGAGGAGGAAAUCGAAGAUAAAUGCGACGAUGUCAGAGAUGAAGCCGAAAAUGGCUUGUAAAACAUUUUUCUUUUUUUAAAAAUCAUUUUCAUUUGCUUUUUAAAAACGAAAAAAGAAAAAAAAAUUUUGGUUUUAAGACGAUCCUGAAAACAGAAAACCGGAACAUGUGAACAUGGAAUUUCGUUUUCUUUGACAUUUCAGUUU